AUGAAUGCAAAAACCAGCGCUGGAGGUGAGGGAGAAGCCCCAGGAAUAAGGAGCAAGACCUUGGGGGAGAGCAGCCACCUGGGGGAGAUCAAGAGAGGACAAGUGAUCCUUGUUGCCUACCUGAUUACAACCCUAGAGAUGACCUUCCUCUUCAUGCAGAUGGGAGUCAUGCCUUACUUGGCAAAGAGCCUAGGUUUGGAUUCAGUAGGGUUUGGCUACCUCCAGACAACCUUUGGUGUCCUCCAGCUUGUGGGAGGUCCCAUUUUUGGAAGGUUUGCAGACCAGUUUGGGACCCGAGCUGCCUUAAUUCUCUCCUGUGCAUCUGGAAGUGCCUUCUUCCUGCUCACGUCCAUCUCCAGCAACAUCCCCCUCCUCUUUCUCUCCAGGCUGCCAGCAGUGUUCAUGCAUGGGGUACCAGGUGCUCAGAAGCUUAUUACAGACCUGACUUCUCCUUCUCAACGUGCUGAUGCUUUGGGGAAACUGGGUCUUUGCUUUGGAGUAGCCAUCAUCAUUGGCUCUGCCCUGGGAGGUGUCCUCUCCACCAAACUUGGCAUUUAUUUUCCUGCAUAUAUUGGGGUGGUGGGAAAUCUCAUAAAUACCAUGAUAGCAAUGGUUUGGAUCCCUUUGCAGGCUAAACCAACAUCAGACCACGAUGUGACAGAGCACAGCACAUCACAGUCUGGCAGCAUGUUUAGCAUCAGAGAAAUCUUACGCCUGAUGAAGUUCCCAGGAGUAACGGAAGUUUUCAUAGUCAAGGUCUUUGCUGCACUUCCCGCAGGUUUGUUCCUUAUUAUGUUUUCUGUCAUCUCUAUGGAAUUCUUUGGCUUGGAAGCAGUGGAGUCUGGAUACCUGAUGUCAUAUUUUGGUGUCCUUCAAAUGGUUGUGCAGGGUCUGGUUGUUGGAAAACUCACUAACCACUGCACAGAGAGGACCCUGCUCAGGCUCAGUGUCUUUGUCUUUGCUGGUGUGGGUGUUGGCAUGGCCCUGAUGAGGACUGUGUGGCACUACUGCAUUGUUGCCCUGCCGCUGGUGUUUGCCUUCAGCAUGCUGGCCACCAUCACUGACAGCAUCCUCACCAAGGCUGUCCCCUCAUCUGACACAGGUACCAUGCUUGGGAUCUGUGCCUCGGUGCAGCCCUUGACCCAGACAGUGGGCCCAACCAUCGGUGGUGUUUUAUACAAACAAUUCGGAGUCUCUUCCUUUGGCUAUUUACAGUUAAUUGUCAACAUAGGUUUGUUUGUUUACCUCUUAAAGAGUAAAACCCCCUUGAAGAAGCUGAGAAGCCAGUAA